CCUCGUUCGACGUGUUGCGUCCCUGUCACACUUACGUACAAAUUUAGAAGUGCUACAGAGAGGUAACACGUCAAACGUGGUUCGCGGUAGGCCCUCUGGCUUAACAAACUGUCAAAUUUUCAAUCACAUCACAAAACAUAAUUUUUAAAUUUGACAUUUUACCAGAAAUAAAUAAAAACACAACACAUAAACCCAAUCUUAAUUUGUACAACUUGUAUUGUCUUGACUAUGUUUGUUUGUAUUUACAUGAUUGUCUAAACCAUAAUUCAUUUAAAUCUGAUUUAUUGCCUGCCCAUACAUGGCUCCUAAAGGAACUUUUGAAAAUAAUUUUGAGGAUUACUCUGAAGGAACUGCAAUUGCAGUAUUAAAUGGAACUCAAGAUGCCAUUUCGUCAAAAAUGCAAUUAAAACUACAAAAAUAUACUGAUGCAAAACUUCACUUUUUAACUACGGAGCUGGCGAGCGAUAUCUUUUAUGAUAACACUGUGUACACAGGGUCUGCAGGAUUGGCACUUUAUUAUUUUAUGUCUGCUCUAAAUAAAAAGGAGACUUACACUGAAAAUCUAAGGAAUGCGCUUCUUUAUUUAAAUAUUAAUAAUCUCAAGGGUCGCAGAAUAUCAUUUCUGUGUGGUGAUGCGGGUCCGCUUGCUUUAGCUACUGUAAUAUCAUACAAAUUAAGUCGAGACACUACUGAUUUGCCCGACUACAAAACUUUAGUACAAAGACUUGUGUCUUUAAUAUCUCUGCUGAAUGAUUCUCCUGAUGAGCUUCUCUAUGGAAAGAGUGGCUACCUGUAUGCAUUGCUGUUUGUCAAUAAAUAUAUAGAUGAAAGGUCUAUAAUUCCUCCACAUCACAUUGAGAAGGCCCAAGCACACAUAUCUGCCAAUGACAUGCAAACUUUAAUCAAACCGACUCUAGAUUGGCUGUUAAAUCAAAAAUUCCCAAGUGGCAACUUCCCGUCAUCUUUGAAAAGUGCUUCGGGAGACCGUCUCGUGCAAUGGUGUCAUGGGGCCCCUGGAUUUGUGCCUCUGCUAAUAUUAGCUCAGCAGAUCUUCGGCGACGACAAAUAUAUGAAAACGGCACUACAUUGCGGAAAUGUCGUUUGGGAACGAGGGCUAUCCACGAAAGGCUACAGUAUUUGCCAUGGCGUUAGUGGGAAUGCCUAUACGUUCAUUCAACUUUACCAAGCAACUAAGGAGCCUAUCCAUCUAUACCGCGCUUGCUGUUUCACGGAGUGGUGCUGCCUGGAGCGCAGCGGCACGGAGCUGCUGCCGCCGGAGCGACCCGCGUCCCUCUUCGAGGGGCUGGUGGGCCGCCUCUACCUGGCCAUGGACCUCCAGAGCCUGCCCGAAGCGCAUUUCCCUGCCUAUACUGUCUAGCCUCGUUAUGUUGAUUAAUUAAAGUAUUUCAAAAAAAAUCACUGUUUAAUUUUUCUUCUCUACAGUAAGUUUCUACAAAAUUCAUCAAUUAUUUUUAUAAAGGAUACCAAAUAACAUCGUAAAGUGUGUCCUUUACGGGGGUGCUUGAUGGCAGUAGCCACUAAUUCAGAAGCAACAUUGAAUCUUUAAGUCUAAGGAGAGACUUUGCCCACUUGUGUUCUACCGCUUGUACAGUCGAGUUAAUAAAUAUGUAUUCAUUUUUUUCACCUUAUUGCAAUGUAUUAAGGUGAAGAAAUGUAUACAUAUUAAAUAAUGCCAACGGCCGCUUUCUAUCACCGCACUGCUCACCGUCGGCAGGGUG